AUGGAGCAAGAAUUUAAUAACUCAGAAGAUGAUGCUGAUGGACCUUGGAUUGGACACUGGUGGCCUGAAUACUCUCUUGGCAGGAUACCUGAGCCUGAAAUCAGUUGGAAUAUUCCUAAACCUGAUACGAGUGACCCUGAACUUGUCAGCACUUCUUUCAAUACAACAGAAAUUGUGGAAAUUGUUUCCAAUACUGCCAGAAUACCAGAAAUUUAUCCUUACCCAUAUGAGCAACUGCCCAACAAUUUAACACGAAACCUUUCUAAUGGUGUCAUUGUCAUUAUCUGCAUAUUAGGCCUGGUGGGAAAUGGAAGAACAAUUUACCUCCUAGCCCAUCGCAUUAAGAGGAAUCCUUUCACCACUUUCAUCCUGAAUCUCUCCAUUGCUGAUUUUGGGGUCGCUGUAUCCCUCAUUAUUUCAGCAAUCUUUGUGGCGGUGUUAUCUCUGGUUCAACGAUCAUACAUUAUCAGAACCUUUUUCUUCUUAUUUUUUGAGUUCUUUUUCUUCACCUAUUCUGCCAGCCAGUUUUUGCUGACGGCCAUCAGCCUGGACAGGUGUGUGGCUGUCCUUUUCCCUCUCUGGCAUCGCUGCCAUCGUCCACCACAUCUGUCUCCCCUUGUUUGUGGCCUCAUCUGGAUCCUCUCCUUCCUGCUCUCUGCAGUGCACUUCAUUCUGGAUCUGACCGAAAGCUUUGGAAGGUCACGUUUUCUUUAUCAGAUGAUUGUGAAUGGUUUACUUUGUACACCACUCAUGGUUGUAUCUACUGUGACCCUCUCGAUUCAUGUGAGGUCUAAAUCGCAACGCAAUCAAAGGAAACUUCUCACUACCAUCUUGCUGGCUCUCCUUUUCUUCCUCCUACUUUCCUUCCCAAUGAAUGUCUUUUAUGUCAUUGAAUAUUUUGGUUCCUAUAAUCCCAUCCUCAUGACUGUUGGGAUAGGUUGUACGGCUCUCAGCAGCAGUAUCAACCCACUCCUUUAUUUCUUAAUGGGAAGGACGAAGACGGGAAAGGAUAAGCCCAGAGCAUCAUUGAAGGUGGCUCUGCAAAGAGUCUUCAAGGAAGAGCAGGACAGUCCAGAAGACCCAAACACUAUGGAGGAAGACCAGUUGUGA